AUGCCCGGCCUCAUAAACAAGGAGAGCAGGAGCGCUCUGCCCCUCAGUGUGUCUGACAUCACGAGCUGUGUGCGCGGCUACACACUCGCCAUGACCGCCUCCAUGACCUACGAGAACAUCGAAGAUCACACUAUAGAAGGUAUCUUCAUCUACCCUCUGGAGGAGAAUGCCAUUGUGGUGGGCUUUGAGGCCAUGAUCUCCACUCAGAUCAUCACUCUGCAGAUUAAGGACAAGGCAAAGAUAGAGGACUGUCACCCGGACAGCUGCAGCACACAGAACGGAGCUCUCCAGAGCUGUGGAGGACACAUAGUUCUGGAUGAGGAUUUGGAGCGGACUGUGUUGGUGGUGAACCUUGGCUCUAUUCCUCCAAUGGAAACGGUGCACGUUCUGGUGAGCACCUCCUCGGAACUCUGCACUCUUCCCAGUGGAGGUAUCCGAGUCUGCUCUCCCCCAGUCUGCACCCCCCGAGUCCAGAGGACCAUCAACGAGGAGCAGGGCCUGUCUCCAAACUUCUCCAGGAUACGGGACCGACAGACCAGUGCAUCGAGCCCUCAUGACCCCAUGCCCAGCUGUCCUCCUCAGAGCCUGGCUGCGCUGCUCGAGGAGGAGACCAUCAACUCCAUGGACUAUGAGUUCAACUUCCAACUGGAGAUCAGGGCCCCCUACCUCCUCGCAGGUGUGGAGAGCCCGUCUCAUGCCAUUCGCGCUGACGCUGAUCCUUUGGCACGUUCUGCCACCAGUGUGGUCAUCACUCUGGCCGAUAAGUACACCUACGACUGCCCGGUCACUAUCCUCAUCUAUCCCAGUGAGCCUCACCAGCCUCACGUGCUGUUGGAGAGUGGAGACAUGACCCAGGAGGAGUACGAUGAGUUUCUGCACGGACGCAACGACUUCAUCAAAGCCACAAAGAAGGACUCCAGCAACGAGAGGAAAGUGGAGGUCAUUCGCAAACGUCUCCACAAAGAUAUCCUGCACAAUCCGGUGGUGAUGCUGAACUUCUGCCCUGACCUGAAGUCCGUUUGUGCCGAUCUGAGAAAAGUCCAUGGAGAGUUUGUUUUCCUCAUCGACCGCAGCGGCAGCAUGAGCGGAGUCAACAUCAACAGAGUUAAGGACGCCAUGGUGGUGAUUCUGAAGAGCCUGGUGCCUGGGUGUAUGUUUAAUAUCGUGGGAUUCGGUUCUACGUUCAAGUCCCUCUUCAGCACCAGCCAAAACUACGAGGAGGACACGGUUGCCUUGGCGUGUGAGUACAUCCGAAAGAUCCGUGCGGACAUGGGGGGCACUAACAUCCUGGCCCCCCUCGCCUGGAUCCUGAGGCAGCCCAUGUUCAGCAGUCACCCGCGCCUCCUCUUCCUCCUCACAGACGGAGCGGUCAGAAACACUGGCAAAGUCGUAGAGCUGGUCCGGAGCCACGCCAGAUAUGUCAGGUGUUUCACGUUUGGCAUUGGUCAGAACGCAUGCAGGCGGCUGGUGCAGGGCGUGGCCACAGUGUCCAGAGGAGCAGCUGAGUUCCUGUCAGAUGGAGAAAGGCUGCAGCCCAAGAUGAUCAAAUCCCUGAAGAAAACCAUGUCUCCUGUUCUGAGUGAUAUUUCCAUCGAAUGGCUUUUUCCCGAGACCAAGGAAGUGCUGCUGUCUCCAGUGGGCAGUACGUUCCUCUUCCCCGGCGACAGUCUGAUUGGAUACUGUGUGGUUUGUGAUACCACCCGCUACCACGCUAACCCCAAAUCUGACAAAAGGAGGCGAUACAGUAUGAUGCGUUCUACGGAGUCCGCCAGCUCAGUUUUCUACCACUCACAAGAAGAAGAUCUGACCAAAACCAGCACAGACAGCUCCCAUAAAGAGACGCCCUCCAACCAAGACCCAGGGACAGAGUACAGCCCCAUCACCGCUGACCCAGACUGCACAGGGAUGGAUGGUAAGAUGUCCCCACGGAGACGAGCUUACAGCACAAACCAGAUUGUGGAUUUUAACCCAGCAAAACGGGUUUAUACCCCAAGUGACCCGAGCUCAGUGAGCGCGAAGAACCCGCUGAGGAGGGCCAAAGUGCAGGAGCUGGUGGGACACAUGAGCCUGGAGCACGAGACACAGUGGAAGAGCGACUACCAGCCGCAGUUGGCGAGCCUGUGUGCGUCGUCUUCCAGAGGGCACACGGCCAGCUGUCACAUGCCCAGCGCUCAUCAGGGGCCUGAGGCGGACGGCAGCCCCACCGAGGAACCUCCAGACCCAGCCAGCAGCGCUCAGGCUCCCCCCUGUACCUCUGGAGCCGAGGAGGGGUCCCGAUCAUCCACUGACAGCCCAUCUGUCGGCAGCGUGGGCGAAACAGAUGUCUACAGUCACCAGCUCUGCCAGGCUGAGACCCCCCAGGAGGUCCCUCCUUUGGCCCUGUCCCCGCGCCCCAAAGCGGACUGUAAAGCGGUGGUCUCUGGGCUUCUGUGUGGGACCCCGAUGAAGUGGGAGGUGGAGUUUGACAUUGAGCCUUAUCUGAACGGACGCGAGCGAGAGGAGAAGGUCCAUGAGGAGCUGUGGAAUGAGAACUUCCACUAUCUCGCAGGACGCUCCAUCAUCAACGACUUUGAGCACAUGGCUGAUAAAGAGUGUGAGAUUGAGCAUGGUUCUGGGAGGAGGUACCAGUCCUACGCAGUCCACUCCAGUAAAUCCUGUAAUAUUCUGAGUAAAUUCACUGCAUUUGUUCCCAUCGAUCUGGACACUAAUGAGUAUUUGCCGACAUGUAUUGAACACAUCAGCCAUGGUGAAGUCCUAAAGAGAAGUUCCAGGUCCAGUUCUCGUUCUGGGAGCAGGAAGAACCGGGCGUACUCCAUCGGACUGGGGCGCUCUCAGUCUGGAGGCAUGUCCGAGGACGCAGAGGACGGACCACAGUUCAACGGAGAAGAUGGGGCCUCUCCAUGCAGCACACCCUCCUCCAGCUGGGAGAGAUGCAGCUUUGCAGAAGUCUCCCAGCGGAGUCCGUCUGUGACCUCCGACCAGUCGCAGAAAUCAGUGGAAAGCCUUUUCUCAGCCAGACUGGCCCUGAGCCGGACACGCCUCCUGACCCGAGCUGCUAAAGGAUUCAUGUGUCGAUCUCACAGCAAAUCCGGAGAUUCUAUUGGAGACGGAGACAACGAGAACAAGGACUACAUCCCUCUGGUGUCUCUGCAGUUAGCCUCCGGAGCGUUCCCUCUGGACCCCUCCCUGUGUGAGGCGGUCAGCGUUCCCAUGGAGAAGCUCAAGUGGACGUCCCCGUUCUCGUGUCACCGCAGCAGCCUGAGCCGCCGCGCCGAGAGCCUGGAGGAGGAGCGCCGCGCUGAGCUGGAUUCAUGUGUGCAGCCCACAGACCGCUCUGUGCAGAGCCCCUCCAGCGCCCCCUUCAGUCUGACCGAGGUCAGCUGCUCUUUAGGCAGCCCCUCCGCCCCCGCAGAGCUGCCCCUGUCCCCUGUGUCCCAGGGCGACCGCGCACAGAAGGAGGGUCAGGAGGUGGAGAGCAUGGUGUGGGCCACCGCGGUGGCACUGGCCUGGCUGGAGCACAGCUCAGCCAGUUUCUUCAUCGAGUGGGAGCUAGUGGCGGCCAAAGCCAGUCUGUGGUUAGAGGCCCAAGACGUCCCCGAGGGCAAAGACCUCGCCGCAGUGAAGGCCGCAGCCAAUCAGCUCUUCAUCAUCCUCAGGCACUGGGACGAGAACCUGCACUUCAACAUGCUCUGCUACCACCCUGACAGUGUCUAAAUACUACCCUGACUGAGUCUAAGCCUCUGUUACCACCUUAACAGUGUCUAUCUACUACCCCAACGGAGUCUAACUACCAUCCUGACAGCAUAUAAUUACCACCCCAACAGUGUCUAACUUCCAGCCAACAGAGUCUAAUUAUCAGCGGACAGUGUCUACCACCCGACAGCAUCUAACUGCCACCCUGACAGAGUCUAACUGCCACUCCAACACGACGACCACCCCGACAGCGUCUAACUACCAACUCGAAAAACAUCUAACUGCCACCCCAACAGUUUUAAACUUCUGCUAAUCUAACUCCCGCCUGACAGAGUCUAAACCUGUGAUACCACCCUGACAGUAUCUAACUGCCACCCCAACAGUGUCGGACACUCUGCUACCAGCAUGAUACUGGGGACACUGACAUGGCCAGGAAAAAUGUGUAAUCAAAUAACCCAAUGAGGAUCAAUUUGUGGUGUGUGUCCAACAGAAAUCUGAUCAUCCAAAACACCUGGUGACAUGAUGCAGUUCAUUAGUGGAGUUUUAGAGCAACUGUUGUAUAUAACAGUUGGUGUAAGACAAACUACAUUUGAUUUUUAAAAUAUUUCAGCUCUUUUUGGAUAAUUUUUUGUGAACAAUUAGAAAGAAAUCAGAUUACUCAUACCAGAAAUUAAAGUCUAUUUUUAUUCAAUCUUUUUUAUUUAUCUCAUCGUAGUGUAUAUUGUACUGUUAUUUAUCAUUGUUUUAUCUUCACAAAACAAGUUCCUAGUUUGUUAAUUUUAUUCACUGACAAUUGCAAUACAACUUUAUGCUUCAGAGAUAAUGGUCAGAUUUCUGUUGUGCAUGUAAACAAUGCCAGUCUGAACUCUACUACCACCCUGACAGUGUAGUACUUUGAUAAAGACCCUGCCCUCCUCUGUCUCUUGUGUCCUGUGUAAAACUCAAACAUAUCAUUGUCAGAGGCAUCUGUACAGACUCUCUUGACUGGUGCCAAACUGUAGCAAAGACCAAACGGAGGAUUUUAAAGAGCGUCUUGAAUUAGUAGCAUGCUGGAC